AUGGUUGAAUUAAGGAAGCGCAAAGCACCCGCCGAGCCCCCUAAACCCAGUACAAAAAAGACGAAGAAGGUCACCAAACUUGAUGCUCCUGCUGCUGUCGCUGCCAUACCAACGCCCAAGAAAGAAGAGGCCUUGAAUGCGGACGCGACGCCUGUGGCUCCGUCGUCGCAGAAGAAACCGCCGAAGAUCGGCGACACAAUUGACCUCGAUCAGAUCGGAACCAAUAUCACGACUCACGACGGAGCUCCAACGACGUUGAAGUCGCUGGUUGAGCAGAGCGCCUCCGGUGUCGUUUUGUUUACCUAUCCGCGCGCUUCAACACCUGGCUGCACAACCCAAGUCUGUCUUUUCCGUGACCGAUACGACAAACUUACAUCUACGGGCUUGUCUAUCUUUGGACUUUCUGCCGACUCCCCCAAAGCAAACGCGAAUUUCAAAUCUAAGCAAAAUCUCCCGUAUCCUUUACUCUGUGAUCCUACAGCUAGUUUGAUUGGUGCUCUUGGACUGAAGAAGACGCCAAAGGGAACCGUCCGUGGAGUGUUUGUUGUGAGUAAGGAGGGUAAGGUACUCCUUCUAGAGUCUGGUGGACCGGCUGCUACGGCUGAUGCCGUUCAGAAGUUGGUGGAGAGUGGUUAG